ACCUCAGCACAGGUAGGAGUGCCCGCCUUGGGCAGCCAGGGCCUGCUGUGAGCCUGCCCUCUCAGUUGGUCAGGGAUUAGGGCAGAGGGCCCUUUUGGACUUGGCAUGAGGUCCAACAAACCCCUCUCCCUCCUGCAGCUCAGUACUGCUGGCAACUGCCCUGCUGAGGAGGUCUGAGAGCAGGCAGCCAAGAUGAGUAGGGCACAGGGGAGACCACAGGGAAAAGCUCCAUCAGGCAGGGCAUGAACAGCCACUCUCGCCUUAGUGCUCAAACCCCACAGAGGAAAGGACUCUGACCAGCAUAGCUGGGUCAUGGCUUCAGCCAAAAGGGGAGAGGGAAGUGGACAGCAACGAGCAGCAGUGCCCCUGAGUGGGGCCAGGCCAUGGACUGUGUGAGGCAGGAGUGCUGGCAGAGCCUUUAGGGCAGUGCCGCAGCCACUGACUGCACUCACACAUGUGCUCUGUCAUAGCUCGGCUGCUCACCCAUUGCUGGCUGGGGCUCUGAUGUGUUUUUUUCCCUGUCUUUGGGCAAAGAGGUGCUGAGACCUCUCAGACAGGACCCCCUGGUGCUGAGGCGUUCCCAUUGGAACCCCAGCCUCGGCCCUGACCUAGCCCUUAAGAGACCAGACUAUGGCUGAGAAUUUUAGAUGAUACAAAACACAACUUGAAACAGCCCCUUGCUGUAGCCAUUGAUGUAACCAGUCGCACUGCCGGCCCCACUGCUGAUCACUCGGCCGACACGCCAGCCCCUCUGCCUGCCCACAUCUGACCCUAUUGAUGGCCCACCAGCCCUGCUGCCGGCGCACUGGCCCCGUUUGUGGACUGCUGGCCCCUCUACCAGCCCCAGUGAUGGCUCCGCUGUCUGUCCAUAGCUCUGCUGCCAGCCCAGGCACUUCUGCCUCCCUGGCCCCAGUGCGUCUCUGGACCCCUCUUUGUUCCAUGCCCAGGGCUGGGAGAGAGGCCAAAACUGGGCUUCGUCAGCCAUGUGGUACCAGGAGUGUGUCUUGAUUUGUACCCCAGGGCAGCAACGCUCCCCUCUCAAUGAGUUCCAGAGGCUCAAAGCAACCCAGCUGCUAUCCCUGACCCAGCGAGGCUCUGGCCCAGAGCAGGAUGAGCCUUCAGACACUGAGGAGUGUGCCAGGCGCUGCACGGUACUGUUGGACUGCAGGGCCUUUCACUUCAACCACCAGCGCCAUAGCUGCCAGCUACUCCCAUGGACCCAGCACUUGUCAGACAUCCACAUUAAGAAGAACGUCCACUAUGACCUCUACCAGAAGAAAGAUUAUAUGCAGAAUUGCAUUAGGGGAGAUGGGAGGAGCUACCGGGGCAUGCGGUCCACGACGGAGGAGGGGAAGAACUGCCAACAGUGGAGGCUGACGUUUCCCCAUGAUCACAGGUUUUCGCCCUCUCUGCGGAACGGCCUGGAAGAGAACUACUGCCGGAACCCAGACAGAGAUGAGCGGGGUCCAUGGUGCUAUACCACAGACCCGGCCGUCCGGCACCAGAGCUGUGGUAUCAAGAAGUGUGAAGACGCCGUGUGUGUGUUGUGUAACGGGGAAGAUUACCGAGGACUGGUGGACCACACGGAAUCCGGGCGGGAGUGCCAGCGCUGGGACCUGCAGCACCCCCACAAGCAUCCGUACCAUCCCCACAAAUACCCUGAGAAGGAUCUGGAUGACAAUUACUGCCGCAACCCUGACAGCUCCGUGGGCCCCUGGUGCUACACCACAGAUCCUGCCCGGGAGCGGGAAUACUGCCACCUCCGCAAAUGCAGUAAGUGAUCAGAGAAACGCCCAGGCGUGGCAGACACCACCACCAGCUGCUUCAAGCACAAAGGCGAAGGCUACCGGGGAAAGGUGAACGUCACCACGUCAGGAAUCCCUUGCCAGCGCUGGGACGCCCAGACCCCUCACCGGCACCACUUCCGCCCCGAGGAAUAUGAAUGCAAGGACCUGCGGGAGAAUUACUGCCGGAACCCUGAUGGCUCAGAGGCCCCCUGGUGCUUCACCAGCCUGCCCAGCAUGCGCGUCGCCUUCUGCUUCCAGAUCAAACGCUGCAGCGAUGAGGUGGAGGCGGAGGACUGUUACCAGGGAAAUGGUGAACUAUACAGAGGCAAGAUCAGCAAGACCCGGAAUGGCAUCACUUGCCAGAAGUGGUCAGCAGCCUCGCCCCACACACCCCAGAUCUCUCCUGCCACGUUCCCCGCCACGAACCUGGAGGAGAAUUAUUGCCGGAACCCCGACAACGACAGCCACGGGCCCUGGUGCUACACCAUGGACCCCAGCACCCUGUUUGAUUACUGUGCCAUCAAGCCCUGCGCAGGUGACAAGCCGCUAUCCAUCCUGGAGACUGCAGAUAAUGUGGUUUUCGCCGAGUGCGGAAAGAGGGACGAACGCCUCCAGCUGAAGGGCCGUAUCGUUGGGGGGCGCCCCGGGAACUCACCUUGGACUGUCAGCAUCCGCAACCGGAAAGGACUGCAUUUCUGUGGAGGAUCACUGGUGAAGGAGCAAUGGGUCAUCAGCACGCGCCAGUGCUUCUCCUCCUGUGACGCUGACUUGUCUACCUACGAGGUCCAACUUGGGACCCUCUUCAAGGACCCCAGUCCCAGCGACCCUGACAAGCAGGCUCUCCGCAUACUAAAACUUGUCUGCGGGCCGUCCGCCUCUGACCUGGUCCUGCUGAAACUGGCCAGGCCAGCGACUCUGAACAAGCGGGUGGCUCUCAUCUGCCUCCCACCAGAGCGGUACGUCGUUCCCGAGAACACAGAGUGCGAAAUCGCUGGAUGGGGUGAAACCGGAGCUACUGGCAACAAAACUCUGCUCAACGUAGCCAAGCUACCCGUGAUGAGCAACAAGGAGUGCAACAUGGCGCUCAGAGGCCAGGUGAAGGAGAGUGAGCUGUGUACUGCGCCCCUGCGAGCCGGGGUCGGGGCCUGUGAGGGCGACUAUGGGGGGCCGCUGGCCUGCCUGACCCAUGACUGCUGGGUGCUGGAGGGCGUCAUCACCCCUGUGCGUGUGUGUGCCCGCAAGGACAAGCCAGCUGUCUUCACUCGUGUGUCGCUCUACGUCGAUUGGAUCAACAAAGUGAUGAGGAUGCUCUGAGCGUCUGGGGGGGGGUCCCAGCUCGAUCCCCAAAGAGCUCAGCACUGCUUUCCUCUCCGUUUGGUGAUGGCCGUGGGCUCUGACAUCUACGUUCACCCAUGGCAAACUGUGCUAAGCCCUCGCAGCAACCUCGGGCAAGGCUCUGAGUCCAGAUUGUCUGUCCCAUGUGCUGAGAGCAACCCAGGUCAGCUCGUCCCUGAGCUAUGGCAACCGGCCCUAGGAGAGGGAGUACUCAUGGUUACUAUAUUGGCUGAUUUCAAUAAACUCCUCAAGGUG